CAUUUGCAUGCCUCACAGGACUCGACGUGCGAAGCGAGGUCACAAGAAGUGGUGACCUGCCCAAGCCGAAUACUCGGUCGCAUUUCACCAUCGUGUACGGCGUAGGAUGACUUUACUAGGCCCAAUGAAUGUUUUGAGCGCCGUUUCCGAGCAGCUCCAGGGGCCCAUUUCAGCCACAACCUUGCCAGCAUGCUGUCAGGCAGCUGGUGUUCGGGGAACUGGUGCAUGCGCAACGUGGUCGGCCAACAAGACAUCGCACAAGCGUCUGGCGCAAGCAUCCGAGGACCAGUUGCUCGGAGUGAAACUGGGAAGAAUAUUUGCAGCCAGCGGGUUUCGGAUUGCAGAUUUGGAGGUGCAGAGCUCCGAUAGGAGUCUUGUCAAAUCGUCGACCCAGCCGCGUACAGCCUUGUCGUCUUGUCCGGCCACUCCAAUGGAGAGGACUCCGAGUACGAUUAAGAACGCACCAUUCGCGCGUAUUUCGGUCUCCCCGGUCUCCCCAGCUUGCACCGAUUCGGACCAACAGCAAGACUCGGGAACUUUGCAGACACAAGACGAUGCUGUUCUUGACAGCAGAAUCGUCUCGGGGUCCCCACAAUGUCACCAGUCCAGCAACUGUGUCAUUUCUGUUCCAGACAAGUCCAUUGAUAUUUGUCGGAAUAACCACGCAAGGCUACUUUCUGAGCAACGGUUUUCAGGGGGCGUGGUUCAGAAGACUACAAAAAACCCCAGAUCCAGGUCCGACGUGGAUGGCCCACACACGGCGGAAGUGCCCAAGAAAAGACGCCGGCUUAGUUGGAAUCAGACUACGAGCCCACUUUCAGAGCCAUCAAGCACACCGUGGUCGAUCAAACUCUCGGCGUCUGCUACGGCAGGCCGCAGCGAAACCGGUCCAGACGGAUGGAAGCAAGCCAGGUUAUCACAAGGGGCUCUAGCCAGGCGGCAGAUAUUCCUCAUGGGUAUGCAUCGGCAGCGUGCCGAGGUACAAGAAGCCGAUGGCCAAAUUGUUGAAAGAAUGAAGCGAGGAAACAAUGAGAUGAGUAGGACAGAGGAAUUCAGGGCGAUUGACGCAGAUCCCCAAACCGAUACAGUGGGCAUGGAAAGCUUGGGUGCUCCUGACGUAGGGAGCAGUCAAAUCUCUACUGAGACGGCUGGCGGUAUCAAUAGUAGUGGUGGUGUCAAGUGCGGGACACGGCAGCUGCGGCAGUGUGUGAAUACCAACGUGUCUGCCUUGCACACUGAGAAGCCGUCUGACAGGACGCCUAGCCAGAGUAGAGCUGUCAGAGACCCUGCUGCUCAUCUCGCUGCCGCCCGAGCCCAAAUUACAUCGCGGCCUUUUAUGUCAAGCACGCGUCCGGUGCCUCUCAGCGGACAAAGCCGGAGCCCACUUGUUAUAUUUCGACCGGGGCAGCCGCUAGCAAACAUGCAGAUGACAAGCUGGGUUAUACCACUGCCACCAUUUUGUUCAUCAACAGGAACGGCAACCCCACAGUCCAGCCUCGCAUCGACAAAGGAGGAAAUCGACUCGGAAGAAAAAGAAGAAGAAGAAGAGGACGAGAACGAACUAGCGUUCCCGACUUUUAAAUAUGAAAGUCGAUACUUUGCCAACGAUUGUGAGGACGACGGUAUGGAAAUAUAUGCUGAUCUUGCCGGGUUGUGGCCGCAGUCAGGGGACGGGUUUCCAGCAGAUAUGGAUGCCGAAUACGAAGAGAUGGGUACAUUUGGUAUCAGUACGUUUGGGUGAAGGAGGGCUCUAUUGGUGUUGGAUGGAGACCUUGGAUUUGUUCAGUAGUAUAAAAAAAAACAAAUAAAAAAAAACAGCACCGUUGGCGCAACGGAGGGGCAAAGUAU